AUGAAGAGCACGCCGCUUAUCAUCAAUUGGCACGACCAGAAUGCCCCCGUCUACUCGGCCCAUUUCGAGCCCCACGGCAAAGGCCGUCUGGCCACCGCUGGAGGAGACAACAACGUGAGACUCUGGAAGGUCGACAGCGACGGCGAAGAUCGAAAGGUUGAGUACCUGUCCACCCUGACCAAACACUCGCAAGCAGUCAACGUCGUCCGCUGGGCCCCCAAAGGCGAGAUCCUUGCUUCCGCAGGCGACGAUGGUAAUGUCAUCAUCUGGGUCAUGUCCGAGCACACCGGCCCCGCCUUCGGCAACGAAGGUCUUGAGGAUAAGGAGACCUGGCGCACCAAGCACAUGUGUCGGUCUAGCGGGUCCGAGAUAUACGACCUGGCCUGGUCUCCCGAUAGCUCCUACUUCAUCAUCGGGAGCAUGGACAACAUUGCUCGAAUCUACAGUGCCAGCUCCGGUACGUCUCCUAGGCGAACCCGCCCUUGCCGCCUUCAUCCGCUGACCUAUCCAGGUACUCUGGUACGCCAGAUCGCUGAGCAUAGCCACUACGUCCAGGGAGUCGCGUGGGAUCCUCUGAACGAGUACAUCGCUACCCAGUCGUCCGACCGAUCCGUGCACAUAUACUCUCUCAAGACCAAGGAUGGCCAGAACACCCUCAGCGGCAACCACGAUGACAAGCCCUCCAAGAUCGCGAGCCACAGCAAGAGUGACCUGCCACCCCGCCGCAUAUCCUCGAACAGCCCUGCGCCUCCAGACUUCAACAUGCGGGCCCACCUCACCCUGGAACAGGCCAUAGGGUCCCCCGUGCCGUCCGCCCCCGGCACCCCGACUUUGGUUGCGCUGCCGAUGAACCCGCCGAGCGUCAUCAGCCAUAGUAGGCGGUCCUCGUUCUCGUCACGACGCUCGCCAUCCCCCGCACCAUCGAUGCCUCUGCCGGCCGUCAUGCCGAUGGAGCCUUCGCCGAAGCCUCACCCAUCGGGCGGUCUCGGCAUGAAAAACUCGACCCUGUACGCAAACGAGACGCUGUCUUCCUUCUUUCGGCGUCUCACUUUCACGCCCGAUGGCAGUCUUCUUCUCACCCCGGCCGGCCAGUACCAAACCCAGCACAACUCGGAGGGCAGCGCGAAGCCAACCUUUGAGGUGACGAAUACUGUCUACAUCUACACGAGAGGCGGCAUUAACAAGGCGCCCAUUGCGCACCUGCCCGGCCACAAGAAGCCAUCCGUCGUCGUGAAAUGCUCGCCCAUUUUCUACACCUUGCGGACGUCGCCCCCCGUGACCAAACACAUCACCAUCGACACAUCUUCUUCCGAGGACCCUAUACCCGCCCUGCCGGAUCCUGUCUCGAAGCCGACGGGAAACAUAUCGGUCAUGGACCCGCCUCCUCCGCCUACUUCAGUCCCCGAGUCGAGCCCUGUCCCGAACAAGGCCGAGCCGAGCGUCGCUACUCCUGGCCCAAAGGCGGCCUUCGCCUUGCCGUACAGAAUGAUAUAUGCAGUCGCGACCCAAGACUCCGUCCUUCUCUACGAUUCUCAGCAGCAAACGCCCAUUUGUAUCGUCAGCAACCUCCACUGUGCCACAUUCACGGACCUGGCCUGGUCGAGCGACGGACUGACGCUCCUGGUCUCGUCCUCGGACGGUUUCUGCUCAACCCUGUCUUUCGCGCCUGGCGAGCUGGGCCAGGUCUAUCAAGGAGACUUGCCCACCACCAAGAGCCCGGCCGUGCCCAGCAGCGCAGCAGCACCGACGUCGUCAUCGAACCAGAACACCCCGAUUCCCACCCCGAGUGCGGUGUUCGCUCCUCCGUCCCCGUUCCACAAUGGCGGGACGCAUCAUCACCGCAAUUCGAUGAGCUCUUUUACCGCCCCGUCGCCGCCGCCUGCCGGCUUCGUCAGCCAGCGGCCCCAGUCGCCGGCGCGAUCAAACUCGACCUCGUCCGUGGCGACACAGUCAUCGAACGUGGUCACCAACCCCCCCCUGAUUGUCGGUAGCGUGCCCGGCAUCGCGGUCGCCAACUCUACCAAGGUCACGGGGGUUCCCAUCACCACGCCGCCCGAGACGCCGCGCACCAACGCCGCGGCCACCACAGCAAGCGGCUCGACGAGCGGUACGGCCAGCGGCACAGCAGCCAGCGGGAUCAAGCGCGAUGCCAGCGAAGGGGAGAAGGAGGAGGGCAGCGAGCCCAAGAAGAGACGGAUCGCACCAACGCUGGUGGAACCGAAGCCGUAG